AUGCCCGCAAUCCGAGGCUCCGCCUCGGUCAAAAAGACCCGGCGACACACCCGCGACCUCGACCAAAUCCACAGUGACAUCAACGUGCCCAAGCAUCUGGAAAAGUUCGUCGCGACCAAAGCCCGCGAAGAGCUGCCCGGCUUCGGGCAGUUCUACUGCACACCCUGCGCCAAAUGGUUCGAGUCGGAUCUGAAUUUUGGCAAGCAUGAAAAGGGCAAGCCGCACCGUCGCCGGGUGAAGCUUUUGCAGGAGGAGCCGUAUAGUCAGAAGGAGGCGGAGGCUGCUGCGGGGUUGACGACGGAUAAUGGUGUUGUGGAUAAGAUGGGGAAGACAGUGGAGGUGGAGAUGCAAGAGGAAGAGGAGGAGAAGGAGGAAGACGACACCGUGAAAUGA